UAAAGCGCAGAGGGCGAGGGCGGACAGCCACCGUCUUCUCUGUGUGCCCGGCUCCUGCUCUCCGCGGCCGAUCGUCCCUGCCCAGCUGCGGAGCUGUCCCUGGAAAAGAGAGUCUUCCCAUUCCUGUCCGUGGAUAAAGAGGAACUGGGCUGGAAGCAUGUGGCCCAUCCUUAGAGGUUGGAAGAGGGGACGUGUGAGUCCACGUGGAGCCCUGGCACGGGCUGUGCUGGGCCAGGCAUGGCACCCCUGCGGCCGUGACGUGGCCAGCGCUGCCUUGGUGGGCCAGGAUGAGUACAGCUUUGUGGUGGUGGGUGCGGGCUCGGCUGGCUGUGUGCUCGCCAGCUGUCUCACCGAGGACCCAGACCAUCGGGUGCUGCUGCUAGAGGCCGGUCCUAAGGACUUGGUGAUGGGGAGCAAGCGUCUCCAGUGGAAGAUCCACAUGCCUGCCACCCUUGUAGCCAACCUCUGUGAUGACAAGUACAACUGGUACUACCACACUGAGGCACAGCCAGGCCUGGACGGCCGUGUGUUGUAUUGGCCACGCGGCCGGGUCUGGGGGGGAUCCUCGUCCCUCAACGCCAUGGUCUACAUCCGUGGACAUGCUGAGGACUAUAACAGCUGGCACUCCCAAGGUGCUGAGCAUUGGGACUAUAAGCACUGCCUGCCCUACUUCCGCAAGGCACAGAGACACGAGCUGGGACCCGACAGGUACCGUGGUGGUGACGGCCCACUGCACGUGUCUCGGGGCAAGACCAACCACCCCCUUCACCAGGCCUUCCUGCAGGCCACACAUCAGGCUGGCUAUCCCUUCACCGAAGACAUGAAUGGCUUCCAGCAGGAGGGCUUCGGCUGGAUGGACAUGACCGUCCACCAAGGGAAGCGCUGGAGCGCAGCCUGUGCCUACUUGCACCCGGCACUGAGCCGCCCCAACCUCAGGGCCAAGGUCCAGGCCCUUGUGAGCAGAGUGCUGUUUGAGGGCACACGUGCAGUGGGUGUGGCGUACUUCAAGAACUGCCAGAGCCACAAGGCAUAUGCCAGCAAGGAGGUGAUCCUGUGGGGUGCCAUCAAUUCUCCACAGCUGCUCAUGCUCUCCGGCGUUGGAAACGCAGAUGACCUCAAGAAACUGGGCAUCCCUGUGGUGUGCCACCUGCUUGGAGUUGGGCAGAACCUGCAGGACCACCUGGAGAUCUACAUUCAGCAGGCAUGCACGCACCCCAUCACCCUCCACACGGCCCAGAAGCCUCUGCGGAAGCUCUGCAUCGGUUUGGAGUGGCUCUGGAGGUUCACAGGGGACGGAGCCACAUCCCAUCUUGAAACAGGAGGGUUCAUCCGCAGCCGGCCUGGGGUCCCCCACCCAGACAUCCAGUUCCACUUCCUGCCCUCCCAAGUGAUUGACCACGGGCAGAAACCCACCCAGCAGGAUGCUUACCAGGUACAUGUGGGAACCAUGAAGGCCACAAGUGUGGGCUGGCUCAAACUGAGAAGUGCCAACCCUCGGGACCACCCUGUGAUUCACCCCAACUACUUGUCAACAGAAACCGACAUCCAGGACUUCCGUCAGUGUGUGAGGCUGAGCAGAGAAAUUCUUGGGCAAGAAGCCUUGGCUCCCUUCCGGGGCAAAGAGCUGCAGCCUGGAUGCCAUGUCCAGUCAGACCAAGAGAUAGAUGCCUUUGUGCAGGCGAAAGCAGACAGUGCUUACCACCCAUCCUGCACCUGUAAUAUGGGACAGCCCUCUGACCCCACUGCCGUGGUCGACCUGCAAACCAGGGUCCUUGGGGUAGAAAACCUCAGAGUCAUCGAUGCCUCCAUCAUGCCCAGCGUGGUCAGUGGCAACCUGAAUGCUCCCACAAUAAUGAUUGCAGAGAAAGCAGCUGACAUGAUUAAGGGGAAUCCUGCACUCUGGGACAAGGAUGUUCCUGUCUACAAGUCGCAGACUCUGGCCACCCAGCGUUAAGGCAGCCACUGCCUGAGGAUCAUAGAGGAACUCAUGUCAAGAGAUCCAACUCAUACGGCCCUGCCCCCAGAUAGUUCCUGAAACUGUGUAGAACCUUGGGACCCAGAUAUCCCUACUCAUGGCUAAGACCUUCAUGGUAUCUGAAGAAAUAAGGCUAUGGUAGUAAGUGAGGCAAGGAGGAAGACUAGCCUGCACAAUGGGAUCCUCCUCCUGACCUCCUGGGGUUAAAAGUUCAGGAGGUUAACUCUUGCAUGAUUUUCUCACCAGCCCUCCAGCCAUCUCCAGUCCAGUGUUCUGCUGCCAGGAGUGGAAUGAUCCCUUCCCUGGCCUCCCACCUAAGGCCACUUCUGCAAAGGCAGGGUGCUUGAACUGGACUGGGUUCUCCAAGGACGCUUUAGCUGAGGCCAAGAGCCAGGGCUGGUACCUGAGCUCAUGUCCACGCUGAGAGGAAAGGCAGCCAGCCGGAGGGUGCUGGCCAUCC